CGUGGCUCUGGAUGGGCAGCUGCAAUGUCCGAUGGCACUCGAGGAGUUCGAGGACGCCGAGCUACUUGCGCCCUCCACGUUUCUACAAAUAGUUCGGGAUUGCUUUCAGGAGUACGCCGACGGAGAUCUGGUUGCCGAAGCCAGGCACUUCACGCCGACCGAUUCGAUAUUGCUGCUCUUCGGCGACGAGUCGAGAUGUCCGGGCGAAACUAUCAUACGCGAUGUCACUUGUGCCCUGCGAACGCCUGUCUGUCUGCGCGACUUCAGCGAAUUCAUCCUCGAGGAAGAGAGCGACUGGUUGGAAAAGCGGCGCCAAAGGCGAUCCGAGACCUCCAGACUGAACGAACGAUGUCGCAAACAAAUUCUUGGUGAAGGCGACAAAGAAACUCGAGCGAUUUUCAGGGACGAGGAUUUCCUGCUGCCAGGAUCGUUAAAAGCUUGCGUUUUGCACGAACUCAGGGAACAGCUGGACAGCAGCAAUGCUGAAGCUGAGAGUGAGAAAACGAUGGGGAAAAACGAAGAUGCCAAGAGGGAUAAAGCUGAAAAAUCACUUCCCUACCCAGCAAAGCCUUCCUCGAACAAGAAGAAAAACGCUCGCACUACAGCCUCCUCGGUAUCGUCAUCCCUCUCGAGCUCAGAGUUGAAAAUCAAGCUCGGUGUAAGACGAUCCGACCGAGCAAGUCGACUGCGACGACUCUCGGCCUCCUACUCGGAUUCCAGUAGUCGCGUAUCCAAGGCCCCGACGGCGGCUUUUGACUUUAUUGGCUACGAUCUGGGCGAGGAGUCGCGUCGACGACGAGUUCAGGUUUCCAAUCUCUGCAGGAGCUGGGUGUCGCGAGCUGACGGCACGCGCUUACGUCUUGCGCGCGAGAGCUGGCAUCUGGGAGUGGGCAAAAUGCCGAGCACCACCAGCAUAAGCGUGACGAUACCCGAACGCAGAGGAGGCUGGGACCUCAAGUAUCACGAGGUCGAGGGGGAGGAAGCGAGAAGCUUGUUUCACGUACUGACGAGCAGCGAGAUCACCGUUGCGUUUUCGAGGUUGCUACGAGCCGCUCCGAAGCCCAACGAGUUGCUUUACGAAAUUCAAAUUUCCUGGCCAUCUGGACUAAUAAUCCAACCGAUGGAACAUCAAGCAGCGGAUCAUCCAUUUUAUAUCCUUCAAUAUUACACAUCGAUGGGACCUAGACGUGAGAAUAUAAAAGACGAGAAGUACCGAAAGUACUUGCACAACGGCGACAUCGUAAAAUUUUUCUACGACGGCUCGAUCAUUGUUUUACGGCCCAACGGGACUGUAAUUACCGUAGUGAAUUUCGAGGAAGCCGACAGCGAUUGGCCAUCGGAAAGCGAGAUGAGCGAUGAAAGUUUGCCGGAAAUGAUUUCCCGACGAACCGCUCACGUCAUCUGUGAGUCGUCAUCGGAGACGGUUUGCCCAACGCCGCUACGGUACAUCGCGCUCGAGCUCGACGGCCGGCGUUACGAGGUACUCGAGGGCCGCGGCCAGCGCGAGCUCGAUCGAUUGCGCGCAAGCGUCGCCGAGGAAUACAGUCCGGAAGAGAAAUUCGCGCGGAGGGCUGACGGUACCGAUGCACUGUUUAACGCCGAUGCCGAACUUAUCGUCUGCUUUCCUGACGGUACACGAAUCCGUAGCAGCUGCAGCUUUGAAGACAAUCUAGUACACUGUGACUGGAGUCCAAAUGAGCUUGCGCUAUACUUUGGAGCCGAUAAGCAGCCUGAUGGUUUCGUAUCGGUAUUAGUUUCAAGUCGUGUGGAGCAUCCAAAUUACGCUACGGUAUCUCAUGAUUUUGGAAACCUAUGCUGUUUGUCCAUGUGCGGCGGCUUGCAAAUGGAACUGGAGCCAAGAGGCAUAUGUAGAUUUACUUGCAACGAGGAUCGAGUCCGGAUUGAUCUCACCGAAGAGGUAGUAUCGGUAAUCCGCAACAGUCCCUGUGACUGUGAUAAUGACAAUCCCACCUCCAAGACAACUUUCCAUCUAAUCGGCGAUUCGUCAAUGACAAAUCCUCCAUCUUCAAAGGACCGCGACCAGCGGUUACUCAUGACAUUUUGCGACAAUGCGACUUACCUGUCGGUAAGACGCGACGACAUCGACUUUCAGAUCAGCCCAACUUCAACGAAUACCGAGGUUUGUGGCUGUGGAAAAAAGAAAAACGACGCUGCGAGAAGUAGCUACAGGCUGUUCGUGGUGAAUAGAAAGGGCGAGGCUUGCGAGUAUCAUCAUCGAUCAGUGUGGCGGCAGUACGCGGAGAAGCUAAUGUCCGAGCACGAAGAGGCCAGUCUGAUCCAACGACCUAUUCAAGGACGGUCCGAGAUGGGAUAUCGAUUGGGUCUGGUUCCGCUGGGAGUUGAAAAAAAUUGGACGCUGGAUUAUCAAAUUCCAAAAGCAAAACCGUCGUUGAAGCAUCGCCUCGGCCAUGAAUCAACGGACAACAGCGACGACUACGACGAGCCGCUCAUGGCCAGCGUCAGCUCGGUGCCAGGGCAACGACGUGCCCGCUUUUUGAUCGCCCGGCUGUUCGAGGGCAUCGGACACCAUGGCGAGAACUCUUUGAUUAGCAUGCAAAAAGCGCUGCUCAGCUACUGGCAAGAGUUAGCGACAGGAAUGCCAAAUCAGAGUGACGGUGGGGAAGACCGCAAAGGAGCGUUGCCAGAUUGUGACUGCCAAGAAGAUACCGACGAUCAGCUGAUGAACAAUAUUGCUACAGGAAAAGUAACCACGAUACCAGCAGAAUUGUACGAAAGCGGUCGCCAACAUCUGCGCGAAGCGAAGGAGCAGCGAGAAGCGGAGCGAACAUGUCGGAUGAUCGAUCGAUGCUACCAGCGUAACGCGACUCCAGAUAAAUGUCCUUGGCUGGGAUAAUGAAUAGCGUCGAAAAAUCUGCCUCGUCGUUCUCAUCCCAGUUAGGUCGGCAAACGGUACUUAGGAGAUUACAAGCCGGCGCAACAUCGCAGAGCCUCGCUCAAACAGCCGAACGCGAGCUCGUCGGCGAAAGAGAAAAUACCGGGCGACAAGGAUCUUAAAUAUUUGCGCCGGGUAUUAUCCCUGCUUUUCCACAAACAGUAGAGAGGCAGAGAAGCAUAGAAAGGAGAUCGAGGCGAUUCGCCGAGACUUUGAAACUGAUAAGAGACGAGAGAAGUAAUUUAUGGUCCUGGUUGCCUCCUUAAUAUCUAAGCGACGAAAAAAGCAGAAAUACGCACACCUUUGUUUUGCCGAGUAUUCGAGGGAAAAUAAAGCAAUCGAUGCGAAUGCUU